AUGAUGAGCUCCAGCCUGCUAGAAAACCCGGUGCAGGCGAUUCUGUACCUGCGGGAGCUCACCACCAUCGUGCAGAACCAGCAGAGCCUCAUCCAGACCCAGCGCGCCCGGAUCGAGGAGCUGGACCGGCGGGUGGACGAGCUCAUCGGCGAGAACAGGCACCUGAUGGACGUCAGGGUCCAGCAGCAGCAUCCUUACCACCACCACCACCUCCACCACCAUCAUCUCCCCGACCCCAGCUUCCUGCACCACCACCACCACCCCCCACAUGAGGACCCCGAGCCUGCAGAUGCGGGGUCUCUGCCGGAACAUGCACCAGCAGCGCAGGUCGAUGCCACUCCGGAGGUCCAGCCCGAGCCUCCGCAACCUAUGGACCCGGGGGACAUGCAGCUGGUACCGGCCGAUCCGUCCACGAUCUCCCCGGUCGAGAGCGACCCAGAAAACGGCGGAAGUUUCGCAGGCUGCCGCUCUCUGGUGCAGAUGACCCCCACAACCCUCUGCCGGUCUCUGGCCAGGACAUCUGAGAGCGAGAUUGUGCUGCAUCAGUUUUGCUGCCCCGCCCCUGAACAUCCAGAUGCUGACACCACUGGCUCAUCUUGUGGACAGAUGCUGAGCCUGGAGGACGGAACCUCCUCCGGUGGCGGACAGGAAGUGGAGGGAACCAUGAGGGAGGGACCUAGCGAGUAUGAGAUCACCCUGGAGAAUAAAAACAAACAGAUAGACGACUUGGAGCAGAAGUACGGUGGCCACCUCAUAGCAAGGCGGGCGGCCCGCCGCAUCCAGACAGCCUUCCGUCAGUAUCAGCUCAGCAAAAACUUCCAGAAGAUCCGCAACUCGCUGUCAGAGAGCAAGCUGCCGCGCCGGAUCUCCAUGCGCCAUCCCAGCCCCUCAGGCCGCACCCGGAACGCAACCCAGAGACACAGUUACAGUCUGCACCCGGGAGGAGGACAGAUACCUCUGCGCUCCAAAACUCCUCCUCCUCCGCCGUGUCGAUCCACCUCUCUGCCCCCGUCUCCUGCGUCGGCCCCAUUAGCCGCUCACCCUCCUGCCCCGACCUCAGCUCCACCUCCAAUGUCGGGACCCUCACUCACACAGCUGGAGGACUGCUUCAGUGAUCAACUGCACUCUUUGGCCCAGUCGAUCGAUGAGGCCCUUCGUGGUUGGAGCCUAUCCGAGGGCGGAGAGGGGAAGGGGCUCCUAAUGGACCCGGGGGCCCUUCGGGCGGCUGCUGAGAGCGCCUGUCUGCCGCGCAGUGCCAGCUCGUUACUGAUGGCCUUCAGGGAUGUCACUGUUCACAUUGACAGCAAUAGCUCCUACACCAUCUCCUCUGCCACCACCACCACCACAACCUCACUGGGCAACACCGGUGGGGGAGAGCCGGGAAGUCGAAAAACGUCUUUGGGCGGAAUGGCAGCGGGGUUAGAUGGCCAGUUUGCGGAGGAUCCAGAGUUUCCUGCCCCGCCUCCCAUCGAGGAGCUGGAAAUGGUGGAUCCGGGUUCCAGGAGGGGCUCCACAGCGCCAGGUCCGGGAGGAGGAGGAGGGAUGGGGGGGGAGAGCGGCUCAGACAGACUGGGAUCCACUUCUAACUCUGCUUCCACCUCCACCUCCACCCAGUCCAACCAGCAGCCUGCACAGAUUUACACCCAGUACCAGCAGUACCACUACACUCAUCCUCAGCAUAUCCCCGGGGGGCCGAGCCCUGAGUCCUUGCAGGCCCUGGUGGUCUCUCUGCCCAGGGACCGCUGCCAAGACCCAGCCUCGUGCCGCUCGCCAACCCUGUCCACAGACACACACCGCAAACGCCUCUAUCGUAUCGGACUCAACCUCUUCAAUGUGAACCCAGAAAGAGGCAUCCACUUCCUGAUCACACGUGGCUUCGUCCCGGACACGGCCAUCGGAGUGGCUCACUUCCUGCUGCAGAGGAAGGGCCUGAGCCGACAGAUGAUUGGAGAGUUUUUGGGUAACAGCAAGCUGCAAUUCAACCGAGAUGUCCUCGACUGCGUUGUGGAUGAGAUGGAUUUCUCAGGCAUGGAGCUCGACGAAGCCCUAAGAAAGUUCCAGGCUCAUGUCCGCGUCCAGGGAGAAGCGCAGAAAGUGGAGAGACUCAUCGAAGCCUUCAGCCAGAGGUACUGCAUGUGCAAUCCCGAUGUCGUGCAGCAGUUUCACAACCCGGACACCAUCUUCAUCCUGGCUUUCGCUGUGGUUCUCCUCAACACUGACAUGUACUCCCCCAACAUCAAACCCCAGCGCAAAAUGGGCCUCGAUGACUUCAUACGCAACCUAAGAGGUGUGGAUGAUGGAGCAGACAUCCCCAGAGAGAUGGUGGCAGGAAUUUAUGAGCGGAUUCAGCAGCGAGAGCUCCGUUCAAAUGAAGACCACGUCACGUAUGUGAGCCGCGUGGAGCAGUCCAUCCUGGGCCUGAAAACUAUCCUGGCCGUGCCUCACAGACGUCUGGUGUGCUGCUGCCGCCUCUUUGAGGUGCCCGAUGCCAACAAGCCUCACAAGCAAAAACUGUCACAGCUUCAGAGAGAGGUCUUCCUCUUCAACGACCUGCUGCUGAUCCUCAAACUGUGUCCCAAGAAAAAAAGCUCGGCCUCGUACACCUUCUGCAAAGCAAUGGGUCUCCUGGGAAUGCAGUUUCACCUCUUCAGCAAUGAGUACUACGCCCAUGGCAUCACCAUGCUGAGCCCGUUCACCUCGGAGAAGAAGCAGCUGGUGAGCUUCUGCUCCCCGAGUGGAGACGAGCUCAGGAAGUUUGCGGAGGAGCUCCGAGAGGCCAUCACAGAGGUCAACGAGAUGGAGCAGAUACACAUCCAGUGGGAAUUGGAGAGGCAACAGGGCAUCCAGCCGCACGGCAUACACACCAACGGUGGGCAAGUGGAUACACACACAGGACACAGCUCUCCCUCAGGCCAACAGGAGAUGUACGAUAAAACCGGCAACAACAACACAGUAGAGGUGUCAAUUCACAACAGGCUGCAGACCUAUCAACUGAGCCAGCCCAGCAUUGAGUCCGCCCCCCUGGCCCUUGCCGCUCCGCCCGCCCUGCUCAGCUCCGUCCAGGCCGGGGAGCUUCGCCCAGAAACGCUCAUCCAGUGCCAGCAGAUUGUGAAGGUGAUCGUCGUGGACCAGAGCGGGCGAGGGCGGAUGGAGGCCUUCCUGAGUCAAGGCCCGGCCACUCAUCAGCUCAUCCAGUCAGCCCUGUCCACGCCCGUGCACGUCAGAGAGGGGGACGGCCCUCAGCCCCCACUGCCGCCUCCACCUCCACCGUACAACCACCCCCACCAGUUCUGUCCCCCUGACUCGCCCAUGCCCCUUCACCACACCAUGCCUCUCGUCCGCAGGCGCAACUCCAGCGGCUCCCGCAGCAUUGUGUGA